AUGUCUGGAACGUCAUCCACUGAGCUUCGUAACAGGCAAGGUAUUGCGGACUAUACCAAGUUCUGGAACGCGGAUUCGACCAAAGAUUCAGAAAAGGAUCAGGCUGCUCGCUUGGACCAGUAUUCAAACGUAGUAAAUGCUUACUAUGAUGGUGCUACUGACCUGUACGAGUAUGGAUGGGGUAUGAACUUCCAUUUCGCUCGUUACUAUCCUGGUGAAGCAUUUUACCAGGCUCUGGCACGCCAUGAGCACUUCUUGGCUCAUACAAUGAAUCUGCGCCCAGGUAUGCGUGUGUUGGACGUGGGUUGUGGUGUGGGAGGGCCAGCACGGGAAAUUGCUCGCUUUGCUGGCGUGCAGAUUGUGGGAGUUAAUAACAACGCGUACCAGGUCGACCGUGCGAACCGAUACACGGCCAAGGCGGAGUUGCAGGACCAGCUUUCGUUUGUCAAGGGUGACUUUAUGAAGUUAAAGGAACAGUUCGGAGAGAACAGCUUUGAUGCUGUGUACGCAAUUGAGGCAACUUGCCAUGCACCGUCUUGGGAAGGCGUCUAUGGAGAGAUCCUGAGUGUACUGAAGCCAGGUGGCGUGUUUGGUUUGUAUGAAUGGUGUAUGACAGAUUCAUACGAUCCGUCCAACCCUGAGCACCGCAAAAUCGCACACGGUAUCGAGCUCGGCGAUGGCAUUCCUGAGAUGCGGUCCAUUGCACAGGCUCGUACUGCACUCAAGACUGUCGGCUUCCAGAUUGAGUAUGAGACAGAUCUCGCUGAUCAGGGCGACAAGAUACCAUGGUACUACCCGCUGGAAGGCGAUAUUCGCAAGGUGCAGACAGCAUGGGAUUUGUUUACGUGCUGGCGUAUGACUUGGUUUGGAAAACUCGUGACGCAGUCGGCUGUGCGGGCUCUGGAAUUCGUCGGAAUUGCGCCCAAGGGAACGUAUGAUGUGGGUGAAUCCCUCAAAGUUGCGGCCGAUGCACUUGUUGCUGGAGGUCGCAAGAAGCUCUUUACGCCGAUGAUGUUCUUUGUUGCGCGUAAGCCAUGA